CUGCGAAACCCGCUGUGUUUUCCUACUUUCUGUUCUCUUUGAUUCGGAUCACAAAUCUUCAAAGGGACAGUGAAGUAUCAAGCGAAAAGAAAAGAGUCACUAUUCGGCUCAUACGCGCUAAGGAGCAUGAAAUUUAUUCAUGUUAGGAUUUUUUAGAAUAUAACUCUUGAAGCCGAUAAUCGACAAUUCAGUUUCAUUUUUUCAAAAGAUUUAAAAAUGAGUUUAUCAAGCGCGUCCAUUUCAACGGGAAACUCUUAUUCUAGAGCUUUAUCUCCUAUGGUCGCCGUAUCUAUUCUCUUUGGACCUGGAGAACGGCUCUAUUCAAAAGUUCACUCUUGGCUCGGAGGAUUUAUUUUCAUCUUUUUGCUCGGAGGAAUGACGUUUGUCUCCGUUCUCGGAGUCUUUGUGCGGUCAUCUAUCGAUACAUGGAUAGAGUUUUCGCUUUUCAUCGUUCCCCUAAUUGCACUGAUUGCUGGAUUUCGCGUGUAUACUUCCUCAGCCUUCAACAAGUUAUUGAGAAGGAAGCUGUCUAGGAAAUCAAUGGUAACCAGCUUUCCAGAGUUUGUUCAGGAAAUUCCGUGGCACGAGACACAAAGGGCAUCUUGGCUGAGGAAAGCUGCCUUGAAAAAUUGCAUCUAUCCUUUCGUCCUAGAGAUUUAUCACUGGACUGCUUAUGCGAUUUUUCGCACGAAAUUUCAAGGGGACAAAUUCCCAGGUUCUUGGAAAGACAGCAACUUUAUGCUGUUCGAAAUUAACGAUAUGACUUGGCACGUGCUUUAUUGCUUCUUCUGGGCAAUGGCUAUGUACAUCACUGGAUUUCUAGCCUACUCCUUUAUUCUGAUCUGCCGACUGACAGUGCGAGAUGUGGUCAGUUUUAUGUGCAGGUUUGGAGACAGUCCAUUUCUGUUGUAUCGUCCCUCGGUAACUAACCAAACGCCUGUUUGGAGAAAGCUUGGCUUCUUAAGAAGAGCAAUAAAUGGCCUAAGUGGAUUCGUUUCAAUGGAUUUUUUCCAGACCAAGAAAGACAUUGUUUUAGUAUAUGAACAGGAAGUUCCAUUGUUGGAUGAAAUUCAAGUAAGUUCUGAUCCUGGCAUUCUCGAGGAAGGCAACUGGGAUGCAGUGACACCUCAGGAGUUUGACAGUUUUUCCACCGAGUCAGUUAACUUCUCGAAAUCAGUAGAGGGGAGGAUAAAUGUACCUAAACGACCACAAAUCACGGCAGCAGAUGCCAGUAAAUAUCUCGCCCACGUCCUAUACAGCAUCGAUGCCCUUGCUGGCCUUUUCCAGCCGUUCAUUGUCAUGCUUCUUUUCUUCUCUGUGGUCAGUCUUGUUAUUCAUGUCGGAGCCAUGGUUCAUCUUGUUCCGAAUUUUUCGUCUUCCCACUGGUGGACUUUGCUCAAAACGGGCAUUUGGUUUCUUCUUUCCUUGCGCCUCUUGUAUAGCUCAGCAGAGAUCACUAGAACUUUUUCAAACGUUUCACAACAUCUCACUUACGUAUGGUCCGUUGGUCAGUUACAUGGUGAUAAAGAAGAGUGGCAGAGGUUUUUCAAGCUGGUGAAGUCGUUCCAACUGGGUACCAAGACAUACGGGUUUCCACUUACACUGAAGCAAGCUGCAUCCAUUGCAACUUUUAUUAACUUUGCUCUGAUCAUGGUGCUGUCAAUCAUGAAACCUUCAGUACACCUACCAACCAAAGGCAACUAGCAUUCCACAUCAGAGAACUCAACAAGAGUUUCCUCAUUUGACGAGGGACUAAGGAGGGAGACUCCUUAAGAAUGUUGGCACAACUUUGCCUUGUUAUUUUCAAAACCUUUUCAUUACCUUGGAUUAAUUAUGCUCCGUUCUACCUGCCCCAUUUUCAGAUGUGGUUUAAUAAUGAGACUCUAUUUCAGGCAAGAACUAAUUAUGGAAAUGCUCUAGACUUAAAAAGAAUUCAAAAUUACCCCAGCUUCCUAAAAUUGCACAAGCACUCAAAAUCCAUACCCUAAUACAGACUUUUACCAGCUGGUGUUUAUACAGCUGUGCUUACCUUGGUGCAUUGUCUCUUAAUAGAGAUGAAAGAUGAAUUCCCAACCCUGCAUUCAGUUAAAGAGCACUGCUUAAGUGAAGAAAAAACUCUACUCUAGAACCGUAUUCUUCCACAAAAUAACCUUACCUAUACUGCAUAAGGUUUUUAAAAAAUUAGUUUUUAUUCACAUUAGCAUAAGUAACCAUAUCAGGGUGCUGUAAGUAAGAAACUGAGAAGUUUAGGCAACCAUCAGAUUUAUUUUGAGUCUAGGUUUGCUAGAGUGUAUGCAUUUCCUUAUGUUAGAAAGAGGAAGAGCAUUGAGUUAAGAUAAUGUUAGAAUAUCAAACAGGUUUAUCUUGGUAAAACAUUGGCAAGAGGAAAAAUAUUGAUAAAAAAAUAUUAGUACAUACCACACGGGUAAAGAGUGCUUUUCACAUGCUGCUUGGCUGGUUCAGAGGUCAUUAGCAAGUACUCUUUACCUCAGAGCAGCCAAAGAGUCAAAAUUGUAAGUCAAUAAUUGAAGUUUUGAUUAUUUUUUGGGUUAAUUAACGGAAAUAAACUAAUUUUUCAGUUUCUGUGAGUUAUAUACCAAAACAAUUAUUCACCUCAGUGCUGAUGAAAGUGGUGGGUAUUUACCUCACUGCUUUGUGGUUUGGUAAAUAUCCACCACUGAUCACCUUCAUUUUGAUGAAUAAUUCUUUAACUAUUAAUUAAUAGUGAUCUAUUAGUAAUACUGGUAAUAGUAAUAAUGGAUUCAUCAAAAAAUAGCAAAUGAAUCAGUAGUUUGCUUACUUAUAAAGAUAAAAAACUUUAAUAUGAGAUUUAUUACAUAAGUAGAAUUUCAUUAAGCAAAGUGGUAGCUUUGAAAAUUUGUAGUAAUUGUCAGUAUAGUAGAUGUAUCUUGAUCUAAAGAUCAGACUGUGGUAAGGUCAACACUAAUCUCCUGUAACAAUCUUGGGGCACCUGUUCUUGUCUCUGUCAAAAGCAGAAAUUCCAUAUAUUCAACCCACCUACAUAAAUGUUGUGUUUUAAUUGAUGAAGGACUUUGUCUUUGUAACAUUGUUCUGAUCAAAUUCAUUAUUUUUAGUAAA